AUGAGUAAAAGGGAGAAAAAGAUUGAAAGCGAUGAAUGUUGAUUCAAAUUGUGGCAGCUGACUGAAGAAUACCCAGUUGUGCUGAUAUGCAAUUGCUUUUUGGUCGGAAAUACUGUACUGAGCCAACUAAGAAGCAAAAUCAGAGGCAAAGGAGUCAUGCUGUUUGGGAAGAACACCUUGAUCAGGGCCGGGCUAAAAAAGAAGCUCGAAAUUUUAAAUAUAAACUCUUCAUGCAAAGGUGCAAAGCAGACAGCAAAUGACUGGCAAAGAAAAAACCUGGAAGUGCUUAUAGAAAAUUUCCUAUAGAUGGCGCUGUUUGCCCUUGAUUUGCCCAUGAGGAAAAUUUUUUUUGUUUUUACCAAACCAUAUGGUACUGGUCGAACCAAAAAAAUUUCCCCGUGGGCAAAUCAAGGGCAAACAGCGCCAUCUAUGGGAAAUUUCUAUAUAAGAAACUUACAAGGAAAAGUUUGCAUGAUUUUUUGCAAAGAAGAAUUUUUAGAAGUUAUUGAGAUAGUUAAUAAAAUAACUGUACAAAGACCUGCAAGGCUCGGAGAAAUUGCUCCAGCCGACGUCUAUACAGUUCCUGGGCCAACGGAUCUUGACCCAACAAAAACCUGCUAUUUUGCAGUUUAUAACAUUGCUACGAAAAUCAGCAAAGGAAAAAUUGAAAUAGUCAAUAAAGCGCAUAUUAUAAAGAAAGGUCAAGCGAUUCAAGAAAAUGACAAAAACAUGCUUGAGCAUAUAGGAAUCCAUCCUUUCACCUCAAAACUUGAAAUUUCACAUGUAGUUGAUCAUGGGAAGCUCUUGAGUUCGAGCGUUAUUACAAUGGACAAAUCUUUACUUAUUCAAAAAUUCUGUGAGGGUGCUAAAACAAUCACAGCUUUAUCUUUAGAAAUUGGAUUCCCAAUUCCUAAUUCAAUUCCAUUAUCCAUUUCCAAGGGCGUGAAUUUUCUGUCAAAUCUUGCGUCACUCUCAAAUUAUUCUUUAAAAAAGACUCAUUAA